UCUCGUUCUCGUGCAGCGAAGUCAAGCCGCUGUGUAGCCCCCACACUGGCUGUCCUCGGGUUGUCAAGAAGGCUGAGGGCAAGGUGAGAAGCAAUGAGGAAUUCCUUGUAUGCAAAACAGUGCAGCGCAGUGCCAUGUUAACCGGCACAUCGUGGAGUCACCCUUCUACAACCUGGACUGUGAUCCUCGCCUGGCAACAUUACCAAGGGUCGGGCUAACCCCGCCUCCAAAAAAAGUAUAAGAGUUGGUCCGCGCAGGUCGAACAUUGCUCAAUUGGUCCGUCUGCCCUCCAUAUCGAGCAGUAUCUCAGAAUCAAGACACACUUCUAGCACCAGCUCUGCCAUUACCACAACAUGAGUCUUCCACCCACAGCUCUCCGCCAGCUCGGCAGGAAUGGGCCUUUGAUCCCCGUCAUCGGCCUGGGCCUGAUGGGCGCCAGUGUCGGCUACGGCGCGGCCCUCUCUGACGACAACCGUCUGGCCUUUCUGGACCGUGCCUGGCAGAUAGGCGCGCGCAACUGGGACACGUCGGACGCUUAUGGCGACAGCGAGGCGCUGUUGGGCAAGUGGUUCCGCCUGCACCCCGAGAGGCGCAAGGACAUCUUUCUCGCGACAAAGUUUGGGAUAGUGAUGCCAGGGAAUGGUAACCUCACAGAGGUCAAGAUCGACUCCUCGCCCGAGUAUGCGACCACGGCGCUCGAGAAGAGCCUACAAACGCUGGGUGUCGAUUACGUGGACUUGUACUAUGUCCAUCGAAUCAAUUCGGACACGCCGAUUGAGAAGACCAUGGAGGCGAUGGCGUCUGCAGUCAAAUCUGGCAAGGUCAAGUAUGUGGGCUUGUCCGAAGCCUCGUCGGCCACUGUCCGCCGCGCCCACGCCGUAUAUCCGCUCUCUGCCGUCCAGAGCGAGUACAACCCUUGGACGCGCGACAUUGAGGGCGAGGCAGGCACUCACCUCCUCGACACCUGCAAGGAGCUGGGCAUCGCCAUCGUCGCGUACUCCCCGCUGGGCCGUGGCGUGCUGACAGGCGCAUAUCGCUCCGGCGCGAGCUUUGGCGAAGGCGACGUCCGUGCCCAUAUGUCCCGAUUCAGUGAGGACAACAUGGCCAAGAACGACGCCUGUCUGGACAAGAUUGGUGCGAUAGCUGAGCGGAAGGGCUGCACUCCGGCGCAGCUUAGCCUGGCGUGGUUGAUUGCGCAGGCCGACAAUGUGUUUGUGAUCCCAGGGACCAAAAAGAUCAAGUACCUCGAGCAGAACUUCGCUGCGGGUCAAGUGCAGCUGACUGAGGCGGAGAGCAAGGAGCUUCGGCAGAUUGUGAGCGAGGUUGACAUUGCGGGUGACCGGGAUCCUUUCUUUGGGGCCUUCGUAGACACCGUGCCGCUGGCUUGAGAAGCUUGGGGGAGAAUGGGGGAACUGGAAGCGGCCCAGACGGAAGAGUGGCAACGAGUAAGGAAGUGGAAAGAGGACACACAAGUCGAUAUGUACACUGUUCUCUAUAUAGGUCUACUGGCAAUCGUCCCGCACACGCUUAUAUCUGCGGUUUCACAAGAUAGGCGCAACUAAAUCGAUAUGGCCGUUAA